AUGACACAAAUAUUUUCAUUUGAACUUGACCCAUUUUCAAUAGUACUCAAUAAUAUUUGGAUUGAUUAUUUUGCAUUAUUGAAGAUUAGUACUGGUAUUGAACAACGUUUACUUAUUACUUGGUUAUAUGGUAUUAAUGGUAAACAACCAUUAAAUAAAUCUUGUUUAUUAAGUUUACAACAAUAUAUUCAAUGGUAUUGGUUAGAACAGGAAAGUAUUCACCUUUUAUUAGGAAUUUUACUUCGACAAUAUGAUCGUCAUGGUGAAAAUUUAUGUACAAUGAAUGAGUUUUCAUUAUUUCUUUUUCGUCUUUUAUUUCCUUCGUUUAAAAUUGAUGGUUAUGUUACAGAAAAAAUUAAUGAUAUUGAUGCAAAUCGAACAUUUAAAUAUGGUGAACUAAUUAUUAAUCAUUUACGACGUUUAAAACUUCAUCGAGAUGAUAUUAUUGAAGCAUUAUGGAUUCGAAUUGAAAAUGCUUUUGCAAGUAAUAGGACAAAACAAUUGAAAUGGUUUGAAUGGACAACGAUUUAUUCAUUAAUUUCAAUUGAUAAUGAAAUAUUUCCUAAUACAACUGUACAAAGUCGUCUUGGUGUUCAUCUUAUUCAAACAAUUCGACAAUUAAAUCAUACAUCUGAUCAACAAUUCAAUCAAUUCAUUUUAACACGUGUACGAACAUCACCAGCAUUAAAACGAUUACUUAAAGAAUGUUUAGCAUUAACUGGAAAUGAUCAAGAACUCUAUGCAAUGUGUAUAUCAUUGCUUGACUAG